AAUGAUUAUGACAAUCUAAGCAGUGAUAACUACGAUGAUGCAGAAUCUGAAGAAUCAGUUAAAAAUUUAUCAGUUAUAGAAUUUAAUAGUAUUGAAAUAAAAGAAAAAUUUAUUAACUUUUGUUUUUCUAAAGUCAGUUAUGCUCCAUAUUCAUUUGAAGAAGAUCAUUAUUUAGAGGAUAUAACAAAACAAGCAAAAUUUUCUAAAGAUGAUUGGAAUCACGGAUUGAGGUAUAUACAAAAUUAUGAUAUACUUGAAGUUAUAGAUACCUGGGAUAGAAUGGUCUUGGUCAAAUCAAUAGAAUUACUAUUACAAAAGAGGCAUAGCAAUAUUGCAAUUCAGCAAGUAUGCGAUCUAAGUGAAUCAUUACUAUUUGUAAAUAGCUUGAUAUUGGAAAAUAUUAGAAAAAUAGAUUUAAUAGCACCAGAAACACUAACAAUUCCAAGAACAAUAGGGCAAGAGCAUAUAGUCCUGACAAUUAACUCACCAAAUG